CGCAGAACAGUUCUCGGUAUCAUCGCGGAAAAUGUGUGAAUCUCGGGUGCGUGGCUGCUGGGAAAAGGAAAACUAAUGGAAAACUGUGCCAUCCCGAGAAUUGGCACAGUUCCCAUUAUGAUGGUUAUAUAAAAAUCCAUUAGCCAGCCCGACUACACACCAUUUGCAAGCGACCCGAAACUUGUUCGCCUAUCAAGGACACAGAUCUCGUGGAGCUCCGGAGCUCCGUGAGUCACCCAGACAGGCCAGGCCCAUAAAGAGCAGCAUCUUCUGGUGGCAGUAAAAGUGGAGCAGCAAUAAUAGGAAAUGUAAGAAGAAAACGGCAGAAGCCAGCUCGAAAAGUGAAUAAGAAAUUGUCAUGCUUUCAUUGGCAACAAAAGCGUUAUAGCCCAUUCCGAUGGAGUGAAGUGAAGUGCGAAUUGUGACCCCGAAUUCAGAACUUCAAGAUGCAGCUGCUGCUGUGGCUAUGCGUGAUCCUCCUGCUCCUCUGUCACUUUGUCCCCAGCCAAGCUAAUAUUCUGAACACCCUGCUGGGCGUGCCCGCGGAAUGUGUCCACCAGAGCGGCGUUUGGCCCUGCAAGCUGAGCUUCUCCUGCUGGCUGCAAGGCGGCAAGCACGCCAAGGGAUGUGGCAGCAACAAGUGGCUCUUCAGCUGCUGCGUCUCCGAUCCGCAGAGCCAGCACCUGCACCACUCCCCCUCCCCGCUGGCCAAUCUGGUGGACUACGGCCAGCUGAAGCUCAAUCUGAACAGCCUGCCCAAGCGGAUCAUGCUGCGCCGACGUGACGACAACGAGCUCCUCAAUCUCAAGCCCGAAUGUGGAUUACCCCGAACGGCGCAGAACACUUUGCAAAAGCGCAUCAUCGGCGGUAGACCUGCCCAGUUCGCCGAGUACCCGUGGCAGGCGCACAUCCGCAUCGCGGAGUACCAGUGCGGCGGGGUGCUCAUCUCGGCCAACAUGGUGGCCACCGCCGCCCACUGCAUCCAGCAGGCCCAACUGGCGGACAUCACCGUCUACCUGGGGGAACUAGACACCCAGGAUCUGGGCCACAUCCACGAGCCGCUGCCCGUGGAGAAGCACAGCGUGCUCCAGAAGAUCAUCCACCCCCGCUUCAACUUCCGCAUGACCCAGCCGGACCGCUAUGACCUGGCCCUGCUCAAGCUGGCCCAGCCGACGGCCUUCACGGAGCACAUCCUGCCCAUCUGCCUGCCUUCAUAUCCCAUCCGGCUGAUCGGACGGAAGGGACUGAUCGCCGGGUGGGGCAAGACGGAGGCGCACAUGGGCCACGCCGGCACCAACAUGCUCCAGGUGGCCAGUGUUCCCAUCAUCACCACCUUGGACUGCGUCCGCUGGCACGAGAGCAAGCAGAUCAAUGUGGAGAUCAAGGCGGAGAUGUUCUGUGCCGGCCAUUCCGAUGGACAUAUGGAUGCGUGUUUGGGAGACUCUGGAGGUCCUUUGGUGAUCAAGGAACGCGGACGCUUUGUGCUCGUGGGCAUAACCAGUGCGGGCUUUGGCUGCGGAGUAGAUCAUCAGCCAGGCAUCUAUCACAACGUUCAGAAGACUGUGCGGUGGAUCCAGGAAGUGGUGACCCGCAACGAGUUAUAUGCAAACGAGGUGCGAUUAUUCAAUCAAAAACUCGCGCCGCUACGUGAAUUAAGUGAAACACAAUUGCAGAAAUCAGUGACAGCAGCAGCAACCACAAGCGUAAAGUGUAAACACCAACGAAAGUAUUGCAAAAUGCCGCAGCAACUGCUGAUGUUGCUGCUUGCAACUGCCGCUGCAACUGCAAUUGCAACUGCUGCUGCUGCCGCUGGCCACAGCAACUACAAUUCGGUUUACAACGAGGUGAUACCGCCGGAGCUCAAGCAGGCCAUUGAUAAGGAGCUGCCCAAGGAGGCCAAGUUCUUCGAUGAGCUGGACUUGAUACCGCAGUCGUGCCGCUUUCGUGGCCACAAGUUCGAGUGCGGCCUGUCCAUCUCAUGUGUCUUGGGCGGCGGCAAGCCCCUGGAUCUCUGCUCCGGCGGCAUGAUCUGGUCGUGUUGCGUGGACAAAGACCUCGACGCCGAGGAGAGUCCGCAUGCCGCCCCGGUUAACAACACCAGCGACAUAAUACACUUGCAUGACAUUUAUCCCGACCUGGCGACGAAUGCCAACAAGCCGCAGCACCACCUGCACCAAAGCCACCACCACAGUGGCAACGGCCUGUCAGCGGCCCCAUCCACCUCAUCCACGGCUUCCUCCGCCGCACGACCGGCUUACCCCAGCAGCAGCUACUACGGCACCAAGCGACCCACCCUCUACAGCGGUUCCAAUCCCUACAAGCCGGGCGGAUCCAGUGGAGGAUCCAGCCGCCCAUCCUCCUCCUCCAGCCUGAACAGCUGGGAGCACGAGAACGGUGGCCAUCUGGGCUCCGUCAAUGGGAUCACCAACCACCUGGACAGCUUUUUCGAUGCCGAAUCCCCGCAGCAGUUGGACCCGCCUGGAGCACCACCAUCCCAUGAGCCACUGCCCAAUGCCCAGGCCUUUGCGGUGGGCAAUGUCUUGGACUUGAAUGCUGGCGAGGCAGCGGAGGAGUACCAAAGCGGUGGCUACCACGAUGCCAGCUAUCGUCCAGUGCCCGGCUGCGGCGAGGUCUACACCCGAUCCAAUCGCAUUGUGGGUGGCCAUUCCACGGGCUUUGGCUCCCAUCCUUGGCAGGUGGCUUUAAUUAAGAGUGGAUUCCUCACCAGAAAGCUUAGCUGCGGUGGUGCAUUGAUCUCCAAUCGAUGGGUGGUCACGGCAGCCCAUUGUGUGGCCACCACCACCAACUCCAACAUGAAGAUUCGCCUGGGCGAAUGGGAUGUGCGUGGCCAGGAGGAGCGGCUGAACCACGAGGAGUAUGGCAUUGAGAGGAAGGAGGUGCACCCCCACUACAAUCCCGCCGACUUUAAGAACGACGUAGCGCUGAUCCGUUUGGAUAGGAACGUGGUCUAUAAACAGCACAUCAUACCCGUCUGCCUACCACCCUCGACCACCAAAUUAACGGGCAAAAUGGCCACAGUGGCUGGGUGGGGGCGAACCCGACAUGGCCAGAGCACAGUGCCCUCGGUGCUGCAAGAGGUGGAUGUGGAGGUGAUCUCCAAUGAUCGAUGUCAGCGAUGGUUCCGCGCGGCCGGAAGACGAGAGGCCAUCCAUGAUGUCUUCUUGUGCGCCGGCUACAAGGAUGGCGGGCGAGAUUCCUGCCAGGGCGACAGCGGCGGGCCGCUAACGCUGACCAUGGACGGGCGGAAGACCUUGAUCGGGCUCGUGUCCUGGGGCAUCGGCUGUGGGCGGGAGCACCUGCCCGGCGUCUACACCAACAUCCAGCGCUUCGUGCCCUGGAUCAACAAGGUCAUGGCCAAUGACAACGCGUAGGCGCCACUGCAACAACGCAGCACGGAGAUGCAUCCCGUUAGCCAGGCCAUGUGAUUCCUCUACGACUCGGGGUUGCUAGUGUUUAAGACCAAGGUCCUCUGUGGGCCUUGUAUUUAUUUCACCCAUAUUCCAUCUCCCAGGGAUCCCUGCCCUUAACUCACUUCGAUACUAUCGCCCUUCAUUCGUUUCUCAUUGCAUUACACGCAUUCGAUUUAGGCUUUCCAUAUUUAUUAUACACUGCUCGACGAAAGAUUCCUACAUUUGAGAUCCACUUUCAUGUAUGUUUAUAUUUAUAA